AUGGAACAACCUCCGGGUUUUGUAAAUCCCGCGUAUCCUAAUCAUGUGUGCAAGCUGCACAAGGCACUUUAUGGCCUCAAACAGGCUCCGCGUGCUUGGUUUAACAAGUUUACCAAUUUUCUCAUUGAGUUUGGUUUUUCUUGUAGCAAUGCGGAUCCGUCUUUGUUCACCUAUCAUCGUGGAUCUCACACUCUGGUUUUGCUCUUAUAUGUUGAUGAUGUUUUACUCACAGGAAGUUCACCAGAGCUCGUUAAUACUUUGAUCCACGAACUGAGUACCCAGUUUUCUAUGAAGAAUCUCGGUGCUAUUCAUUACUUUCUGGGCAUACAGGCUCACCAUCAUGACAAUGGAUUGUUUCUUAAUCAAUCUACAUAUGCUGAAGAAAUCUUGUAUGAAGCAGGAAUGGCAAAUGCGAACCCGAUGCCGACACCACUCCCAACACGUCUUGCUGCUGCGUUUAGAGACACUGAUUUGUUUCCGGAUCCCACUUAUUUUCGGAGCAUUGCAGGAAAGUUGCAAUAUUUGAUAUUGACGCGGCCUGAUAUUCAAUUUGCCGUGAAUUUUGUUUGCCAGCGGAUGCAUUCCCCAACUAUGACUGAUUUCUCUCUUCUUAAGAGGAUUCUUCGCUACAUUCGGGGCACUACUGCCUUUGGCCUUCAUCUUCACAAAAAUACUUCUCUGUCACUUACUUCCUAUAGUGACAGCGAUUGGGCAGGCUGUCAAGACACUAGACGCUCUACCACAGGUUUUUGUGUUUUUCUAGGAUCAAAUAUUAUUUCUUGGUGUGCUAAACGUCAGCCUACGGUCUCGCGAUCAUCCACCGAAGCUGAAUAUCGAGCCCUUGCGUACACAGCCUCUGAAUUGACAUGGAUCAAUUCUCUUCUUCGUGACUUACGGAUUCCUCAAUCAGCUCCUGCACUUCUUCAUUGUGAUAAUUUGUUUGCGGUUCAUCUCUCUGCCAAUCCAGGCUUUCAUAGUCGCUCGAAACAUAUCGAAGUUGACUACCAUUACAUUCGCGAGCGUGUAGCUCUUGGUGUUGUCGAGAUCAAACACAUUCCCGCUGCACAUCAGGUGGCCGAUAACUUCACGAAGCCUCUACCACGCAGUUCGUUUCUGCAUUUGCGUGCCAAACUUGGUGUUGGGACUCUUCCCAUCACAAGUUUGCGGGAGGGUGAAAGCCAAACUCCUUUGUUAAGACCAGAGUUGCAUCACGUUAAUGGAGAAGAAGAAAAGAAGAUGGCUCACGAUGAGGAAGAAGGAAAGAAGAUGGGCUCAGACAUGGGUAUUAAUAAUGUGCAAAAUAGAUGA